GCCAGCUUGCUGAUCUGGUCACGCCGGGCGACUCUUCCGCUCUCGCGUGUUUGACUCUCUGGUAGCAGCCUCUCGCAGCAUGCAUGCGACCUUCCAGGCUAGGCUGUUUGGCAGCUCGCUGACAUGGCUCGCAACACGUUUCGCACACAGAUUUGUUCCCACAGUGGGCACUGUUGGAGAUCUGUCCGAGCGCCUCUCUGAUGGGACGCAGAUAAAACCCCCUUUCCUGUGCAAACGCGACUUGUCCUGGGUCACCUGUCGACUGUCCGUCACGGAACAAGGUGUCUGCGGCUGUUCACGGCUACCCGGGAUGGAGCGGGACUGACACGUUGUUCUAAAGAUUUAAUUUUUCCAGAUGUCAACGAGUCGUUCUCUUUUUUUAAAGUUCCAGAAGCGGUUUACUGGCUGUGGAUGCCCCGGGAUAGUGGAAGUAGUCGUUUUUGUUACUUUUCCACUGGUGUGUCCGCCGCCCGGAGAAGGUAGGCGCCGGUGCCAACGACUCGACCUUCUUUUUUGUGCUCGCGGAACGGCUAGAUUUCUUCCUUUUCCUCAUCUUUUCUUUGUUCCCUUCCUCUUAUCUGAGACGAGAGCGCUGCUUUGCCCAUUUUUUGUAUGGGAGUUAGAGAGGCAACUCCAUCCUCGCUUGAUUCGGUGCUUUUGGGUUGACCCGAGUUAUGUGUGCUCUUCCGGCUCGUUUCCUACCCGCAUGGGAGACGAGAAUUAAAGAGCAACGACGACGGGGAAAACAAGGCACACUUCCUCGAUUGUGACAAGGAGACCAAAGCUCGACGGUCACUACAGCGUCCGGUUGUUGUAGCAGAACGGAAUGGCGGGGGUGGCUCCCACGGUAAACCUGAUUUUUCGCUCUUUUGCUGGCGUCUCCCGCCGUUCAGAAGACUCUGGCCUUUGUUGCGUUGUCAUUCUGCGCUUCCCGUUUUUGUUGUCUGUGUCAUCGGUUCCAUUGCUGUCCAUGUUUUCAAAGAUUCCCACAAAACGCCUACUCUUGUACCCGGGGACCCUGGAUGCCUAUGUUUCUUGCGGUUUCACCAUCGCAUCGCCUUCCAAUUCUUUUUCGUUUCCCCGUUGCACGGUUCUUCUCGACAUUAUGCUCUGUCGUUCUUCUGCCCCAUUCACUGACCCGUUCUUCUUUGUCUUCGUCUCCUUCCUAGCCCCGUGUUUCCGUUAGCCACCCGCAUGUGGUCUUUCUUGUGCGUGUACUUUUCCGUGUUAUUUUCUGAUUCUUCAACUGUCUCUCUCUCCACUGUCUCCCUCAUCGCGUUUUGUAAUGUGUAAGAGGGAGUCUAGCGCAAGUUGCUGUCUGAUUGGUGUUGCGCGCCCCUGCACGUGUAAACAUGUUGGUUCUACGAGUACACGCUAGAACAUCGCUCCGGCAAACAGAGAGUUGAGGAUUUGGACGAGUAGUUCAACUUUCCCACCGCGGAGAUGGCUGCAGUGGCCGCUGCUGUUGGGGGAGGCGGUCCCCCGCCUGCGCGGGUCAACACCCAGGCGGCGGGAGGGGGCCGGAACCAGCAAGGUGGAGGCGGAAAGGGUCAAAGCCCUGCAGACACAACCAUGGUUUACCUUAUUUGCUGCAAGAACUUCUGCACCGAUAUUUUGAGAGUCACGAUUGUCUCCUACUUUUUCUGGGUUGCCCUCCUCUACCUUGUGGGCGCCAUUGUCCUUGUCACAGGUUUCCAGUACACGGUGCCUCGAGUCAACACGGAGAUCGCUUGCCCCAUGAAACCAAGUGUGUACCUCUUCUCCGGCGCGUGGUUUUUACAGAGCCUCAUUCUCUUCUUCACGUGCUGGGGCUACUCAACCAUCAGUGCGUCGUCGCCGACUGCGACUGUCUCAGCUCCCGCACCCAUCGACGACAGCCAGGCAGAGGGCCUUCGCUUCGAGCGCCUUACGACGGGGCUGUCUGUUCUCGGUGUGUUCGUCAAGACCGUGCCUACGUGGAUUCGUCUCGUCCAUGUUUUCAACAUGUGCCAAACAAUUGUCUGGAUCAUCGAUCUGCUUCUUCUGCCGGAGUGCAAUGAAGCCGGAUUGAGAUGGAUUGUGGCCAUCAUUCUCGUCUUUUGGUGGGUCGUCGUCGCCGUCGGCGUCCUUGCGAAGCGGCGCAUCUUCGUCCCUCCUGCCCUCUAUGAUCCGCUUCGUCCUGGACAAGGGGCCCUGCGAUCUCUCCGGCAUUUGCUUCGAGGGUUCGGGCCUUGACGAAGAGCAUUCCUUUCUUUUCGAAUGCAUCGCUUUCUUCUGCCCCCCGUUGUCGCUUUCUCUCAUUCAGUUUCCCGUAUAUGCCCAGCUUUUUGUCGUACUCUCGGGUCAACCACUACUUACAGCACACGACCUUCGUCUCUCUCCGUUCGCUUCUCUUGUUCUGUCGCGAUGCUCUCUGCACCCGUCCGUUCUUUCUUUCGUCCUUGCUUCUCUCUGUUUCUGUUUUCGCCUCAUGUCAGCCUCCCCCAUUGGUCCGAAUGUCUUUCCAUUUUCUGCUCGCCUUUGCGUUGCUUGUUACCUGGAUCGCUGUCUCCUUUCCGCACUUUCUAUGACUGAUACUCUCCUCUCGUUUUUCCCCGCGUCCUUCUCUUGAUACACAAAAAUGUAGUACAGCAGAAAGGAAGGAGGUCCGUUGGCUUGUGACUAGCUUCCUGUGAUGGUCCUGACUCAAGUCGACAUAUUGAAAUAUCAAGGGCAAUGAGAGGCGCUUCAAUCCAAGUCCCUUCCAUGUCGAUUGUGAAUAUUUGCAUGAAACCGCGGGUGCCGUUGUUUGGCUAGAGGUGGGGCCGAAGGCCAGUCAGGUUAAUGGGAAUGACCGGUGCAUAAUUACUUGUUUGAAGAUAUGGUUCUGCUUGAAAAAAACAUCCCUAUCACUGAAAUAGGAGCUACUCGUCUCAAAAGAGCAGCGGCACCAAGCGGUUCCGCGAGUUUUUCGCGAGGUGCCAUCUCCACCGCCUUUGGCUUCCGACGAAGGCACUCUUUGAAGGAGUGGAUAGUGUGGUUUGGCAUUUCUGCGGUGAUGUCGGAGCGACAGCCCCGCUGUGGUUCUUCAGUCUACACGUGUAAAACAUAAACAUGAAAAGCUAGAUUCUACGCGUGGACUCCGCGAAGAAACUAGAAUUGCUUUCCGGGCUGCGCUGACAACGGAUCCUCCUGCAUAGCCAGCACGCCACCGCGCUUGACGAC